AUGCAUUCGUCUUCCCGGACUUGGGUUGCUCCGCACGCCGUGAAGCAGAAGACACUCACGCGCCUCAACGGCCAUCGUGAGAAAUUCUGUCGUAACUCCGUCGCCUGGGAGCUCAACUUCGACAUUGAGAAGCAUCGGCUAGAAGUCAACAAGGCCAUGCAGAAGGAAUUCCAUAACAGGGAUGCACGCAUUGACAAGGAAAUCGAACAGCGGAAGCAAUACCUGAAGCUCGAGCCCUACUAUCGAUUGCCUGUCACCAUCAAGCCUGCUUUCGGCGACAAGGACUUUGGCGACAACCGCUCCACUGUCUUGGCCAGAAAGACGGUCUUUAGCCAUGAGUAUCUUGUCCAUCGCACCAACGAGGAUUACCUCGGCCGCGAGGCAAUAGGCUGGACCUCCAUUGAGAAGGAAAUCGCGGACUGGCCACCUCGAACAGAAAGCAAAUACGAGGGCGACGAGCGCAUUUCGACCGACAGACUGCACGGUCGGUGUCUUGGAUGUCCGAGGGUGGGCGGCAACGAGACCGUCAACUGGAUGCAGCGAUCCAUCAUUCCGAGCUACUCGCUCGACGAUUUCUACUACCCUGUUCCAGACGAGAUGGACCUUUUCAUCCGAAACCACUACAUUCCUGCCCUCGAGUUCGAUGACGAGAGCGGGAAGGAGGCUCUUGGUACGGAACUCAUGGAGAUGCUGGGCGAAUGA